AUGAAGAUGGACCCUCUGAGGACAAACCUGCUGCUGCUGAUGCUACUGUUGCUGCUGCUCUGUGCCCUGGUCCUCUGCUCUCCGCCAGUGUCCACCGGCAACCAUCGCCCCCCAAGGGGACCCGCAGAAUAUGAAAGAUCAGCCUCUGAGGUACCUGACGUGUCUGUGAGGCCUGGCACCCAGGGCUGUACUGGUAAUCUGGCGUACAGGGCAUUUACCCGGUGGGCCGACAGUCCCCAGGGGCUCUGUCUGUGAAACCUGAGAGGUCAGAACCUAACACUCUCUCUCUCACCUGUGUUCACAGCUCUGUCUGUGAAACCCGGUACCUGUGAGGUGGUGGCUGCCCAUCGCUGCUGCAACAAGAACAGGAUCGAGGAGCGGUCGCAGACCGUCAAGUGCUCCUGUCUAACUGGCCAGGUGGCGGGGACCACAGAGGCACAACCCUCCUGUGUGGAAGCCGUCAUCGUGCGUCAGAAGUGGUGGUGCCAGAUGCGGCCGUGUCUGCUGGGGGAGGAGUGCAGGGUGCUGCCCGACCUCACCGGCUGGUCCUGCGUCUCCGGGAACAAGGUCAAGACAACCAAGGUGAGGAGGUGA